AGGGGAAUUUAAAUUCUGGCUCUGGAAUCUAUCUUACCCUUGUUCUAAGGGCCUAAGCUUCCUCCAGCACCAAGCCAGUUAGGAACUCAAGAGUUAAGAACCCAAUAUUCCCGGUAUUAGUUACCACUGAGUUGUUUUUAUCUCAUCUUGUUGGGGUGAGGUUGCUUUCUGGGGAAGAAAAGGUAUACGGGUUGAGACAUAUGGAGAUGCUAGGAAUGGCUGAGUUUUUCCUCUGUGUCUCCUUUAAGAAAACAUCCUACCUUAUAAGACCCCUGGAAAAAGAGACAAAGGGAGAAGAGGAAAAGAAAACGAUUGGGAGGGAGCCCCUGCCACCUGCCUGGGGGCCCUCCAUCUAUCAGUGUCCUUGGAAGGGCUUCUUCCCUGGAUUCUGCUUCUCCCACUAAGGUGCGCUGGAGCCCUAGCACCAUGGAUACUCUCAAUAGGAACCAGGUAGGACCUGGAUGCAAGACUCAGGCCAUGGUGCAGAAAGGACCCUUGGACUUGAUCGAGACAGGCAAAGGGCUGAAAGUGCAAACGGACAAACCCCAUCUGGUGAGCCUGGGCAGUGGGCGACUCAGCACUGCCAUCACUCUGCUGCCGCUGGAGGAAGGGAGGACGAUGAUUGGCUCUGCAGCCAGAGACAUCUCACUGCAGGGGCCAGGCCUGGCUCCAGAGCACUGCUACAUCGAGAACCUGCGGGGCACCCUCACCCUCUACCCUUGUGGCAAUGCCUGCACUAUUGAUGGGCUCCCCGUCCGGCAGCCCACACGGCUCACUCAGGGCUGCAUGUUGUGCCUGGGUCAGUCCACCUUCCUCCGCUUUAACCACCCGGCUGAAGCCAAGUGGAUGAAGAGCAUGAUUCCAGCAGGGGCCCGGGCACCUGGGCCGCCCUACGGCCCUGGCCUCGUGGAAUCAGAAAGUCUGGUGAAUGGGAACCACACCCCACAGCCUGCAACCCGGGGACCCUCAGCCUGUGCCAGCCACAGUUCCCUGGUGAGCUCUAUUGAGAAGGACCUGCAGGAGAUCAUGGACUCUUUGGUGCUAGAGGAGCCUGGAGCUGCUAGCAAGAAGCCUGCUGCAACCUCUCCGCUGUCGCCGAUGGCUAAUGGUGGGCGCUACCUGCUGUCCCCACCAAUCAGCCCUGGUGCCAUGUCUGUGGGCUCCAGCUAUGAGAACACCUCUCCAGCCUUCUCUCCACUCUCCUCACCAGCCAGCAGUGGAAGCUGUGCCAGUCACUCACCCAGCGGGCAGGAGCCAGGACCUUCUGUGCCCCCGCUUGUGCCUGCCCGUUCAUCCAGCUACCAUCUGGCCCUGCAACCCCCACAGUCCCACCCGAGCAGUACCCGCUCCUCUGAGAGCCCUCGGCUGGGCAGGAAAGGGGGUCAUGAGAGGCCUCCAAGCCCUGGCCUCCGAGGUCUGCUGACAGACAGCCCUGCAGCUACUGUCUUGGCAGAGGCCCGCAGAGCCACUGAGAGUCCCCGGCUGGGUGGGCAGCUGCCCGUGGUGGCUAUCAGCCUGAGUGAAUACCCAGCUUCCAGUGCUCGCAGCCAACCCACCUGCAUUCCUGGCAGCCCUAAGUUCCAGCCUCCAGUCCCUGCUCCCCGCAAUAAGAUUGGGACACUCCAGGACCGCCCUCCCAGCCCUUUCCGUGAGCCUCCAGGCACUGAGCGGGUGCUGACAACCAGCCCUUCACGCCAGCUGGUGGGCCGAACAUUUUCAGAUGGGUUAGCCACCCGCACCUUGCAGCCUCCUGAGAGUCCCCGCAUGGGUCGCCGGGGCCUGGAUAGUAUGCGAGAACUCCCUCCCUUGAGCCCAUCUCUGUCCCGACGAGCUCUCUCCCCUCUGCCUACCCGGACCGCCCCAGAUCCCAAGCUAACCAGGGAAGUGGCAGAGAGUCCUCGGCCUCGGCGCUGGGCAGCCCAUGGGGCUUCACCAGAGGACUUCUCCCUGACGCUGGGGGCGCGGGGCCGUAGGACACGGAGCCCCUCGCCCACACUGGGGGAGUCCCUGGCCCCCCGUAAGGGCAGCUUCAGUGGCAGGCUGAGCCCAGCCUACAGUCUGGGCUCUCUCACGGGGGCUUCGCCACGCCAGAGCCCCUGUGCCCAGAGAAAGCUCUCCAGUGGGGACUUGCGGGUGCCCAUCACGCGGGAGCGGAAAAAUAGCAUCACAGAGAUCAGUGACAAUGAGGACGACCUCCUGGAGUAUCACCGGCGGCAGCGCCAAGAGCGACUCCGGGAGCAGGAGAUGGAGAGGCUGGAACGCCAGCGCCUGGAGACCAUCCUGAACCUGUGUGCCGAGUAUAGCCGGGCUGACGGGGGACCUGAGGCUGGGGAGCUGCCCAGCAUUGGGGAGGCCGCUGCAGCCUUGGCACUGGCAGGCCGGAGGCCCUCACGAGGCCUUGCAGGGGCCACUGGGGCCUCUGGGCAGAGCAGCGAGGAGCCUGGAGGAGCCACCCAACGCCUAUGGGAGAGUGUGGAGCGCUCAGAUGAAGAAAAUCUCAAGGAGGAGUGCAGCAGCACUGAGAGCACCCAGCAGGAGCAUGAAGAUGCACCUAGCUCCAAGCUCCAGGGAGAGGUGCUAGCCCUGGAGGAGGAGCGGGCUCAGGUGCUGGGGCGCGUGGAGCAGCUCAAGGUCCGUGUGAAGGAGCUAGAGCAGCAGCUGCAGGAGUCGGCCCGAGAGGCUGAAAUGGAGCGGGCACUGCUGCAGGGGGAGAGGGAGGCAGAGCGAGCACUGCUGCAGAAGGAGCAGAAGGCAGUGGACCAGCUGCAGGAGAAGCUGGUGGCCUUGGAGAUGGGCAUCCAGAAGGAGAGGGACAAGGAGAGGGCGGAGCUGGCCGCGGGACGGAGGCACCUGGAGGCCCGCCAGGCGCUCUACGCCGAGCUCCAGACGCAGCUCGAUAACUGCCCCGAGUCAGUGCGGGAACAGUUACAGGAGCAGCUGAGAAGGGAGGCAGAGGCCCUGGAGACAGAGACAAAGCUGUUUGAGGACCUGGAGUUCCAGCAGCUGGAGCGCGAGAGCCGCGUGGAGGAGGAGCGGGAGCUGGCCGGCCAGGGGCUGCUCCGGAGCAAGGCUGAGCUGCUCCGCAGCAUCGCCAAGAGGAAGGAGCGCCUGGCAGUCCUGGACAGUCAGGCUGGGCAGAUCCGCGCCCAGGCCGUGCAAGAGUCCGAGCGCCUGGCCCGUGACAAGAAUGCCUCCCUGCAGCUGCUGCAGAAGGAGAAGGAGAAACUGGCCAUGCUGGAAAGGAGAUACCACUCACUCACAGGGGGCAGACCUUUCCCGAAGACCCCAUCGACCCUCAAAGAGGGUGAGCUGCUCAUCUCCGAGUCCUCAGGGAUGGAGCUGGGGACUAAGACUCUGGGCCUAUUCCCAGGGUCUUCUCAGGCUGGGGCAUCCUCUGUCCCCUUAACCCCACCUGCUUCCACUCCACUCUGCCCCAAAGCACAAGAGUACGUGACGCUUGAGCAGCUAAAGGUGACGUGGGGCACCUCGCCCGUGCCCCCAGCCCCUGCGCCAGGCCUGCCUCCUUGGGCCUCUGCCUCCCGGGACCUGGCUCCCACCACCUGCCUUCCUCCUGUGCUGCCCUCCUCCUCCUCCUCCUUCGCUUCCAUCACGCCUUUACCCAAGAUGGAGAAGCUGCUGCUCCCUGCUGUAGACUUAGAGCAGUGGUACCAGGAGCUGAUGGCCGGGCUGGGGACUGGCCCUGCUGCAGCCUCCCCUCGCUCCUCCCCCCCGCCUCUGCCUGCCAAAGCUUCCCGUCAGCUGCAGGUUUACCGCUCCAAAAUGGAUGGUGAGGCCACUAGCCCUCUGCCUCGGACCCGCAGCGGCCCCCUCCCCUCUUCCUCUGGCUCUUCUUCCUCCUCCUCCCAGCUCAGCGUGGCUACCCUGGGCCGUAGCCCUUCCCCAAAGAGUGCUCUACUCUCCCAGAAUGGCACGGGCAGCCUUCCACGCAACCUGGCAGCUACGCUGCAGGACAUUGAGACCAAGCGCCAAUUGGCUCUGCAGCAGAAGGUCGAGUCGCUUCCUGCCGAGCCCCUCCCAACUGACGACCCAGCAGGCCAGCAGGUGAUUGAAGAGCAACGGCGGCGACUGGCUGAGCUGAAGCAGAAAGCAGCGGCUGAGGCGCAGUGCCAGUGGGAUGCCCUGCACGGGUCUGCGCCCUUCCCAGCAGGCCCCUCGGGCUUUCCCCCACUCAUGCACCACUCCAUCCUACACCACCUGCCGGCUGGGCGGGAGCGUGGGGAGGAGGGCGAGCACGCCUACGAUACUCUGAGCCUGGAGAGCUCCGACAGCAUGGAGACCAGCAUCUCCACGGGGGGCAACUCGGCCUGUUCCCCUGACAACAUGUCCAGUGCGAGUGGUCUGGACGUGGGGAAGAUUGAGGAGAUGGAGAAGAUGCUGAAAGAGGCUCAUGCAGAGAAGAGCCGGCUCAUGGAGUCAAGGGAGCGGGAGAUGGAGCUGCGGCGGCAGGCCCUGGAGGAGGAGCGUCGGAGGCGCGAGCAGGUGGAACGGAGGCUGCAGAGUGAGAGUGCCCGGAGGCAGCAGCUGGUGGAGAAGGAGGUCAAGAUGCGGGAGAAACAGUUUUCUCAGGCACGACCUCUGACCCGCUACCUGCCCAUCCGGAAGGAAGACUUUGACCUGAAGACCCACAUCGAGUCGUCAGGCCACGGUGUCGAUACCUGCCUGCACGUGGUGCUCAGCAGCAAGGUCUGCCGUGGCUACUUGGUCAAGAUGGGUGGCAAGAUUAAAUCAUGGAAGAAGCGCUGGUUUGUCUUUGACCGCCUCAAGCGUACCCUUUCUUAUUACGUGGACAAACAUGAGACGAAGCUGAAGGGGGUCAUCUAUUUCCAGGCCAUCGAGGAAGUGUACUAUGACCACCUGCGCAGCGCAGCCAAGAAGAGGUUUUUCCGCUUCACUGUGGUGACUGAGAGCCCAAACCCAGCCCUCACCUUCUGCGUGAAGACCCAUGACCGGCUGUACUACAUGGUGGCCCCAUCUGCAGAGGCCAUGCGCAUCUGGAUGGAUGUCAUCGUCACAGGGGCUGAGGGCUACACUCAAUUCAUGAACUGACUGCAUGGGCCUCCUGGACCCUCGGGGCUGGUCCCAGGACCCAUGCCCGGCCACCUGCUGCUCUGCUGCCCUGGAGAGAGCUGUGCACCGGGCCUCAAGGCUCACAGCAGCAGGGCGUGGCAGUGUGUGACUGGGGCUUUUGUACAGGAAGACUUUGUAAUAUUCUGUAAGGAGCUCAGUCCUGUCAGUCUGUGGGCUCUGGCCCCCUGAAGACCCAGCCAGCCAGCCGGAAGAUUAAAAAGUGGGGAGGGAGCUUUGCUGUCCCCUGGGAGCCUAGAACUUGCAAUAACUCUUCAGGGUCCAGUGCCAGGCUGGCCAGGCUGAGGAGCAGUCGCAGAGUGGCCUCUCGGCUCUGACCGGGCACCUGCUCUGCUCUCCCCAGCCUGUUUUCUCUGUUGUAAAGGACAAAUUAUGGUACCAUAAUCUGCCAAAGAUCCCCCCUUGCCUCAGCCCCCUUUGCAGGAGCCUUGUGGGUGGAGCAGAGCCUCGCCCCCAGUGGGGUAACAGCUCAGGCGGCUACUUCUCAAACCUGCUCUGCCCCUGGCUUUCCCUUCCUUUAUACUUUUUACUACUUUGCUCAAGGGCCGGAGAUCUCAAGCAUCAUCCUUGAGGUCCCAGCCCCUUCCCCUUGUAGCAGACCCAUCACCAUGGUCACCAUAGUAACUGCUUUGUCGCCAUGGUUAUAUACCAGUUGCCCACUGUUUCAGCUGUGGGCCAUCUGAGGGUACGUGCCAUCAUCUCUCCAGCCCCCCGUGGGCGACUCAUGCUGGGGGGAAGGGACUGAACACCUUCUCCCUGCCCCCGGCCUGUGUCUCCGGCUCUGACGCACAGCCUGCCGGCCCAGCCCAGUCCUCCCUUCCACUUGUGCCUUGCUUAGAGCCAGAAGGGAUGAAGCCGGAGGAUCUGAGCAGAGGAGCAGUGCCGAUGGGGGAGGAUGGUGGAAGGGCCAUCCUUGGGUUCUGUACAGGGUUGAGUUUCUGACAGGGAAGAGGGCUGCUCCGAUGCUCCCACAGGAAAAGCCCGAGCAUGAGAGGAAGCAGCAGAGGGGAAGGGCCCUGAGGUGCCGCCACCCUCCCGUCAGCCUUGGAAGGGCGAUGGAAUGGAGAGUGGAGGACCAGCCCUCAGCUGUCUGGCCUCCCCUUCAUGCCUUAACACUAAGCCCACCUCCCCUGCCCUCAUUCCUGGCCCUAGACCUUUGGUCCAGGCUGGGGGGUUUUCAGUAUUUGUAAGCAUUUCAGCAGAACAAUAAAGCCUUUGGACUACCUAA